AUGGACCGUCGUUUCCCAGCACCAUUCUCUCCAUUCUUCACACCAAGCCGCAGAUUCUUCGAUGACGUCGAUUUCGAUCGCCACAUGAUCCGUCCCUACUGGGCUGAUCAGACCAUGCUCACCGGACACCGCGUCGGAGAUGCCAUUGAUGUGAUUGACAGUGAUAAGGAGUACAACGUCUCUGUGGAUGUAUCCCAAUUCGAGCCCGAAGAGUUGAAGGUCAACAUUGUUGACAAUCAACUUAUCAUUGAGGGAAAGCACGCCGAGAAGACUGAUAAGUAUGGACAGGUCGAGCGUCACUUUAUCAGAAAGUACAAUCUGCCAACUGGCGUGCGUCCGGAGCAAAUCAAAUCCGAGUUGAGCAACAACGGGGUGCUCACGGUGAAGUACGAGAAGAAUCAGGAGCAACUUCCGAAAUCAAUUCCAAUCACAAUUGUGCCAAAGAGAAAUUAA